GUAGGCGUUCGUGAGCGCGUGUCCCAGUGUGUCCAUUAACAUUGUUCCUCCUUCUAAGGAAAAGGGGGGGGAAGGCAUCAGGGCGCACGUAGGCGGGAGAAAGAGGUUGUAAAUCAAGAGGGCAGAAAGCCGUUUGAAUAACAUUACAUCGGCGACUUCGCUGUCUACGAGGAGUGCUAUAACGUUGUCACCGAGUGAUGGCGGAAUCAGCGAAUGAGGACUGGUUCGCCAGCGACUCUAACGACCCUGGACCGAGCUUGGAGGAUUUCUUGGCUACAGACCCUUCCCAGUUACCCUUCCUGCAGGAGCGCCCGGCAACGGCGGAGGACUUCGUGCGAUAUCAAAUAUUUGUCGACGGAUGGACCUCUAUUGAACACCUUCAACAGCUUCGGGAGUCAGUCCUGGAACUCGUGGGUUCGAUUACAGCGGGCUUCAUCUGGCACCGCGAGGCGUUCGCGCUGUCAGUCGCCGUACCUUCCGACGGAGAUCUUGAGCCUCAUCUCACCGGAGAGCAGGUGUUCGGAGGCAAUGUUUCCGACGAGUGGUUCGUGUGCUACCUUCUGUUCGCAAUAACUUCGACGUUCUCCGAGUUGACUGCGUGCAUUACCGACAACGACGGCGAAUUCUUGCUGAUCGAGGCCGCCACCGCGAUCCCACCUUUCCUCUCCCCAGGCAACAGCAAUCAUCGGGUAUGGAUCAGAUCCGGCGAAGUGCACCUGGUGAUGCCUGGGUGCAUGGUGCACAGGGCCAGAACCCCACGCACUCUGGGAGCGGGCAGCAUCACGCUUUCUGAGGGAUUGAAAGCGGUCCGAGAGAGCGACGGCGGAACCAAGGCCGACGAGGGUGUACAGCAACUCAUCAGGCGCCGAAUCGAAGGCUACCCGGAGGAAGCUAUGGCCAACAUGCACCACGCGAGGUGUUUCCUUCCCCUGGCUGCAGCGUUAGCGUUCCGAGACACACCCAGGCUGGUGGCCCCUGCAGUUAGCGCUUAUUGCUCGGGCGACCCCGUCGACAGGAAGAUGGGAGUUCGUAUGGCUCGACUUCUCGCAUUACCCGCCAGUGCAUCUGGAGUGAGCGCCGCGGGAAGCAAGGGAGCUGGCUCACAACCAGGAGCCCCUCGGUUUGUUGAGGCCCGGAUUGCCUUCACCCGUCACUUGUAUGCGCAAUUGCACCAGGCGGCUGUCGUACCGACUAAGGCCUUUCCUCCAGGGUGGGGUCCCAGCAGAAGCACUCUUGCCCCUGCUGCACAUGCGAAAGCCGCACAGCUGGGGCAGAAGCUCUCCAUGGGUUUGGAGGCGGCCUACCAGGCGUGUGCCGAGAGCAGCAAGAACGGUGGAGGAGACUUGAGCGGCGCAAUUCGACCUGAAACCUGGAAACGAUUUGCAGACGGUUUAGUACGGAACGGUUUCUUCGAGGGGGAACUGGAGGGGUCGAAGAGGUAUCGAGAAAAGACCGCGAUGGCGGAGCAAUUCAUACGCAAUAACGUUCUAUGUGUCGAUGCCGAUGGUGGCGAGGACGAAGACAUUGCGGCCGCCCAGAGGGACCGCCGACGAUGCCCUGUCCACCAAGUGGUGGAUCGGACUCUCAACGACCCAAGAUUGGAUUGUGUGUUCGAUGCGUUCGGCGAAGAAGACGAUAAGGAAGACUGGAUGGAAGUGUCUCAAGCCGACUUGGACAUCAUGCUCCAAGACUAUCGUCGUGCGGAGGCUGAUCUGGAUCCAGAGCAGGAGGGCCGAGGCGACAGAGGUGUGAACGGUGUCGUGGGCGAUGAUGACAAUGAGCGGGACAGAUCAAGAGAUGUGGCUACAUCCGGUGCUCAUGGAACUGCCACAGAUGAAGAGAAAAAUGAACAGGAUAGCCACGCCGGUUUCGCCGACGCUGUGGAUGGGCUGGAUGACAUUGUGACCGGCAUGAACGCCUUUGUGGACGACUCAACAGCGGGGUUGGAUGGCGCGGAGGUGGAGGCGGUAGGAGGACACGUUCAGUUUGAUGCGGAGAAGUUCAUGAGCUUGCUCAACGGGGAAGACCUCAUGAGUGCACUUGAAGAUGCUGCGAAGGAGGAUGCGCAUGAUGAGUUGGGCGACAGCGACGACGACCUGUUGGAAUCUAGCGAGGAAGAGGACGAAGAUGAAGUUGACACCCCGCAGCGCAUGCCAGACCCCAAAGCGUCGGAGAGCGCGGGCCUGACAGACCCCUCGGCGUGUGGCUCCAGAACCCGGUCUAGCUUAGCCGUGAACGUGUCCCCAAACACCCCGGCGAAGAGCAGCGACCUUGUGGACGAUUCACAUAUUCAGACGCGGAGCGGCGUGCGACCAUCCGUGGCGUUCCAAAUGCAGGAGAUGGAAGGCCGUCCGAGCGAAGAAGACGGCCUGGGCAGCGAUGGGCGAGAGCAGGACGGUGGCCACGAAAGCAAAGCAAGUUCCGGAAGCGCCGAAAAUCUCAUUCGCGAGUACAUGGCGGCGAUGGAGAUUGAACUCGAGCCGUCAUCAAUGGGGGAGAGCUUUGAGAAAGUGGGAGCAUCCAUCCCUGAAGCCCAGAUCAAAGAACUACAAACGGUUGGUCCUCUGGAUCAAAACGGAGAACCAGCCCCCGAGCAGUGGCUUCGAGACGGCAAGGCACCAUCGUCGACAGGCGAAGGCGACGAGCUAGACAACAAUGCCGAUGUGCCAACCGACGACUACAAACCGGUGGAUGUGGACAUGAACUUGGUGAAACAUCUCCUAGAAUCAACAGUCUCGCAAGGAGGGUUGUCGGGUCCUGCAUCGAAUUUACUUCGUUCGAUGGGUCUAAACUUCCCUUCAGUACCGCCAGGCAGGACUGCAAAAGAUUCCACCAAAAUCGAAGAGCUGUGACCCAAGUCUCUUCUCGUACGAGUUGGAAGCCAAGGAGGCAGGCAGACAGAGUUGUCGCAGGAGACUAGCCGCCCAUCACAUCCUUGCCGAGCUGGCCUGGGAGUCCAGCACCGCCUUUUUUUGCGGCACUACUUGCUGUGUCUUCCAUCGGAGAGGCAAGCUGACCAGGAAGUUUCUCCAUUGGUUGCCCCCCCGAAAAGCGCCCUGUUUCUCGGACGAUGUCCUGCAGCUGUUCCGGCGUGACGGCGGUGUCCUCAUAGUAACCUUGGUCAGCUUCGUCAUCAAAGGCAUCCAAUAGCUCAAUAUCCAUCACAAGCUCUCCGGUCGUCGUUUUCUCGAAUGAUGUCAAGACCUUCAUCAUGUAUAACAAGGGCGGCGACGAAAGGCGUAUGAUUGGCGCCAUGUGAACGCUUUGCGCGUAUAUCCCCCUUACUUUUUUGCAAGUCGUAUUGUGUCUUGUGUUCUGUUGUGAGAGGUAAGUUAUUAUUGUCGCACGUUGGGUUUUAUAUCAUUGUUUGUGCCUAAGCCUGUGACCACGGGAAUAUCCAUUGUUACAAAGUUGAAUCAACAGUAGUGAGAUGCCAGCUGUAGGCCAGAAUAUGUAUUUUAUGUAGAGCGGAGAAAACAACAAAACCAUCGACUUUUGACAAGUGUACACGAGCGUUCAGUUGGGACGAUUUGUUUCGUGGAAGCAUAAAGUUGACUUCACUGCUGACGAGGUUCAGCGCCUGACAGAGUAGGCUGAAUCUUUCGUGGGGGAAGCGCUAAUAAAGGAAGACGGAGAAAAAUAUUGGUGUGUCUGCGUCU